AAUUUUUAAGAUUGGAGCAGAUCGUUGUUCGUGAUUUCUUCGUUUUAAAACCAAUUUGUAGUAUUAAAUUUCGGGAAAAAUGCAGCGGAGUCGAGCGCGAACCGUGUGAAAUGCAUGCGAACGGUGUCGGUGCGGCAAAUCAGUGCAAAAUCAAGCCCAAAUGCUCGAAGUGAAAACCCCCUAAAGGCAGAGGCGUCGUCACACACACUCGCACUCACUCACUUGGAAUAAGCAAGGAAAACGAAAAGGAAAGGCCAAGAAAAGCCAGUGUGUGCAGAAAACGCAAAAGAAGAGUGCGGAAAAGUGCGGAAAGCUAGGAGCGAAGUGGCGUCGGGCGUCGGAGAGCCGGAGUGUCGUCCGGAGUAGUAGUGGUUGUCACCCAUCCGUCGCAGGAAAAUCCCCAGCAUGGAUGUCGAAACACAGGAAAUACGACAGGCUCGUCAACGUGCUUCCGUCAAGUGGCUGCUCUCGAAGGCUUUCAACAAUCGCGUGCCGGACAACCUAAAGGAGCCCUUCUAUCGCGACCAUGAGAACCAGGAGCGCCUCAAGCCGCAGAUCAUUGUGGAGCUGGGCAAUGCCACGCUCUACUGCCAGACACUGUCCAACCUGUACUCAGAUCCCAACUACCAAAGCAUGAACCACUGGUCAAUAUUACAGACGCUAGCGCGCAAGGGAGUACCCGUUGCCGAAACCUCGGACAUGCCCAUUACCGAAACGGUAUUGAUUCAAACGAAUCCCCUGCGAAUUAACGCCCACAUGUCUGUGAUAGAAUCGCUGAUGGUCUUGUAUGCGAAGGAAAUAUCAUCGGGUGACCGCGUCAUGUCGGCCAUUCGAAGAAUAUCUGGCAGCAAUUACCAGGCGCCUCCAGGCCAGUCCUAUGAGCAAGCUCUUCUGGGCUGGAUAUCGCAUGCAUGUGCGGCUCUUAAAAAACGCAUCAUCAUGGAGGUGGAGACGGGAAUGCCCGAUGAAAAUGGCUCCCGUUUGCAGACGCCGGACAUACCGCCUGUCAGGGACUUCCAGGAUCUGUGCGACGGCAUCUGUUUGGCCUUGCUCAUCUCGUACUAUUGCCCCAAGGUGGUGCCGUGGACGAGUGUAAGGAUCAACUAUCUGCCCGCCGUCGAGGAUUCCAUACACAAUAUACUGCUAGUGGCGAAUUUCUCCCAGAAGCAUCUGCCAUAUGGCGUCUUCCACAUGACGCCUGAGGAUGUUACCUAUAUGCGAGGCUCCAUGAAACUUAAUCUGGUCCUGUUGCUCACGGAUCUGUUCAAUCUGUUUGAGAUACACCCGGCCAAGUGUGUCUGCUACCCUGGAAUGGAUGGUCAGGAUGUCAUCGCCCGGCGCAAUUUGGGCGCCAAUGAGCACGGGAUCUGCCAUCGACGGGGCCUUACCGUACAGCCCGUUACGCCCAUUCCCGAUCUGCGCAGCGAUCUCGACCAGCCGCCCGUUGGCUCGCCCUCGAAUCGGCCGCCGUUUCAAGUUCCGCACUCGAAUUCAGUUGGCGGCGGCCUAAACCGAAGAUCCACUCCGCCCAACGAAUACCAGGCGAAUUUCGAUGUUUCGAGUAAUCAGGCCGAAGCCUUCGUCGUGCACAAGUCGCGUGGCAUCACCACCCUCGCCUCCAUGCACUCGCAGCAGCAGCAGCAGCUCCAUCAGCAGGCACAGCAGCAGCAGCAGCAGCCGCAGUAUCACCACCAGCAGUCACAGCUCCAGCUUCAGCAGCAGCAGCAGCAGGAGCCCCUGGUUCCGGCUCGCUUGCGUCAGGCUAAAGAAAAGACCAAUGUGGAGUCGAAGGCGGACGAGAGAGGCGAUUUUGUCGCUGCGGGUCGACCAAGUAACUGGGAACAGAGCCGCCGGCCAAGCUUUGCAGGACGUCGCUCGCGAAGGAAUUCCUCCAGCGAGGACUCCCAGCUAACCAUUGAGAACUUUGGCGGAUCUCAGGAUCAGCUGAAUACGCUGGGAAGAUACGAACGCGAGCGGGAUGUAAGGGAACGCAAGUUGUCCAACACCAGCGUAGUGGAACCCGCUGUGGCCGUUCGGUCCUCGAUUGCCGAUGCUCGGGGCACCUUGCAGCUCGGCUAUGAUACGGAUUCGGGCUCUGAAAAGCAGGAUCGCGAGACGGAAAAGUAUUCGAUGCGGCGGCAAGCCAGCGUCGACAAUGUACCCACGGUGUCGUCUCACAAUCUUUCGAAUGCGGGCAGCCCGUUGCCCAUGGCCCGGCACAAGCAACAUUCCAUCGACAAAGACUACCACAACAACAGCGGCGGCAUGAUGACGGACCCAUACAACGAUGCGCGUUCCACCAGCGGCUACGAUCCGGAGAGCACGCCCGUGCGCAAGUCAUCGACCAGCAGCAUGCCGGCAAGUCCCGCCGCCUGGCAGUUGGAUGUGGGCGAUGAGGACAUGCGAUCCCUUGAGAAUGCCAGCAAGCUGUCCACCAUCCGGAUGAAGCUGGAGGAGAAGCGACGUCGCAUCGAGCAGGAUAAGCGAAAGAUUGAGAUGGCGCUGCUGAGGCACCAGGAGAAGGAGGAUCUCGAGUCCUGUCCGGAUGUCAUGAAGUGGGAGACCAUGAGCAACGAGUCAAAGCGCACGCCCGACAUGGACCCCGUCGACUUGGACAAGUACCAGCAAAGCAUCGCCAUCAUGAACAUGAACCUGCAGGAUAUCCAGCAGGAUAUUCACCGCCUGGCCACCCAGCAGAGUCAGAUGCAGGCGCAGCACUUGCAGGCCCAGCAGCUGAUGCAGGCCCAGCAGAUAGCCAACAUGCUGAACCAGCAGCAGACCUAUGGGUCGCAGCAGCACCUGGCCACUGAUCACCACUACCAGCCGUCGCGAACCAUGCAGCAAAGCUUUGGCUCAUCGCCGCAUCUUCCGCAGGCCUACAACGCCCCCGUGAGUGCGUACAGCUCCCGUCCUCCCAGUCGCGAUCCCUACCAGCAGCAGUUGCAGCAUCAGCACCAACAGCAGCAGCAGCAGCACCAGCCCAUGGCCAUGCCCCAGCCAAUGCAGUAUGUCAACGAGCACGGUCAGUACAUGUCGCCGCCGCAGCCCGCCCACUAUAUGCAGCAGCAGCAACCGCAGCAGCCGCAGAGCAUCUACAGUGACAAUGGGGCGGGCUACAACCACAGCAACCACUCUCCCUUUGGGGGAGCUCCGCCCCAGUACAGGAGUAGCGUGGUGUACGACGAUUACGGCCAGCCCACCAACCACUUUUACCUGCACGAGUCCUCGCCGCAGCAACAGCAACAAGGACAUCCCCAGCAGCGUCGCACUUGGGCGCACUCUGCAGCAGCGGCCGCCUACGAGCAGCAGCAGCAGAUGCAGCAACCACUAGUCGACGUGAAUGCCUGGCAAACGCAGCAGCAGCAGCAACAGCAGCAGAAGCAGAAGCAGACCUGGAUGAACAGGCCGCCGUCGAGUGUGGGAGCACCCAGCCCGGGCAGCUUUGUCCUCCAUCAAAACGGUGGAGGCGGUGGUGGCGCUGGCGGCGGAGGGGAGCUCCAGCAUCUCUUCCAGGUCCAGGCCUCACCUCAGCACGGCCAACGACCGGUGGGUGGCUCCAACGGGGUCCAGCGCCAGCAGUCUCUGACCAAUCUGCGAGAUAAUCGUUCGCCCAAGGCCCCGCAACCCAUGGGAAUGCCAUUGGGGAUGCCGAUGCAGCACGAGGACAUGAUGGCGCCGCAGAGCAUCUGCUUCAUCGGCGACGAGGAGGAUGUGGAUGAGUUAGAGCGCAACAUCAUCGAGUCCAUGCAGUCCACGCGCAUCUCCGACUUUGUGCACCAGUCCCAGCAGCAACACCAGUUGCAGCUUCAGAACCAGCAGCAGAUGCGGUUGCAGGGCCACAGCGGACGAGGCAGCAGCUCGGAGGAUUACGACAGCGGGGAGAUGAUCUCCAACAAGCUGAACAUCACCAGCGGCAACCUCACCUACCGCAUACCCUCGCCCUCCCGUCCCUCCAUUCAGGCCAACAGCUUCCAGGAUCCCAGGGCCAUGGCAGCUGCAGCUGCAGCGGCGGCAUCCAGUGGUGAUGAUCGAGAGCCGCCAGAGAAGGGCUUCUACAUCUCCUUCGACGACGAACAGCCCAAGCGACCCAAGCCACCGCUGCGGGCCAAGCGAUCACCCAAGAAGGAGGCGCUGCCGGGCAGCAGGGACAACGUCGAUCACCAGGCGACCCUCAAACGCGAGUCCCUGAGUCAGCUGCACAACAACAACAAUAACAUUGGGUUCGGUGGCGAAGAUGAGAGCAGCAGCAAGCCGGCGGCAACAACCAGGCACAGCAUCCAUGGCCUGAACAGCCACUCCAACAGUGUCAUCCCCGGCAAUGCCACCUACAACAAGUACACCGACGAGCCGCCCAUUCAACUGCGGCAACUGGCCGCUGUCUCAGGAGCAGUGUCACCCACUGGCCACGAGCGUCGGUAUCUGGAAGAUCUGACCAACCAGCCGGCGCCACUGCCCCAGCAGCCGAUGUCGCCCACGCGGCUCCAGCAGAGCAGCAACAACGCGGAGGCGGCCAGGAAUAAGGCGUUGGUCAUAGGAGCGGACAGCGCCAACUUGGAUCCGGACUCUGUUGAUGAGAUGGAGCGGCGCAAGGAGAAGAUUAUGCUGCUGUCCUUGCAACGACGACAGCAACAGGAGGAGGCCAAGGCGCGCAAGGAGAUUGAGUCUUCGCAGAAGCGAGAAAAGGAGCGCGAGAAGGAGGAGGAGCGAGCGCGCAAGAAGGAGGAGCAAAUGGCGCGACGAGCUGCCAUUUUGGAACAGCACAGACUCAAGAAAGCCAUCGAAGAGGCCGAGCGAGAGGGUAAAACCCUGGAUCGGCCCGAUCUGCAUGUUAAACUGCAACCCCAGUCAUCCACCUCAACGACUCCGCGGCUGAGACAGCAGCGCAACACGCGUCCCAGGCCCAAGACCAUCCAUGUGGACGAUGCCAGCGUGGAUAUCAGUGAGGCUUCGAGCAUCUCUAGUCGGGGCAAGAAAGGCUCCAGCUCGAAUCUAACUGAGUCACCCGAUGAUUAUCCCAGUACAAGUUCAACUCCGAUUGGACGACGGGGAUCGUACAAAACUUCCAGAGAGCCAGCCGGCGUUGAAAGGGGCCGCACUCUGUCGCGGAUCUCCGUUGCGAAGGGCAGCACGCUUAAUUUCCGGGGCCGAAAGUCCAAUUCGCUAAUGAAUCUGUGCGACACAGAUUCGGGACUGGGACGCGCCACACCGCCGCGGCGUGCUCCGUCGCCUGGAAUGGGAAUGGGCGCUUCAGGUCCGAAGCUCUACAAACAACCAGCGGCCAAAUCGAAUCGUGGCAUCAUCCUGAACGCCGUUGAAUACUGCGUCUUUCCCGGUGUCGUGAACCGCGAGGCCAAACAGAAAGUGCUGGAGAAGAUUGCACGCUCGGAGGCGAAGCAUUUCCUGGUACUCUUCCGCGAUGCGGGCUGUCAGUUCCGCGCCCUCUACAGCUACGUGCCCGAGACGGACCAGGUGACCAAGCUGUACGGCACAGGGCCUAGUCAAGUCGACGAAGUGAUGUUCGACAAGUUCUUUAAAUACAACUCAGGUGGCAAGUGCUUCUCGCAAGUGCACACGAAGCAUCUGACAGUGACCAUCGACGCCUUCACAAUACACAACUCGCUGUGGCAGGGCAAGCGAGUGGCUUUGCCAAGCAAAAAGGACAUGGCGCUUGUCAUCUAAGCAGCUAGUAUCGGGUAGAGUGUAACGAGGAGCAUGGAGGGAGAACCGGGGAUGUACUGUGUUUGUGCAAACAGCAAUUCGUUAGCGGCGGAGCCAACAACUGGCGCUUGGCGCUGUUUUGGCCGGGAUCCACCACAACUACAUAAUUCUACACAAGUUUUGCGCAUUAAGACAUCUCUCCACGGAAGCAUAACACAAUUAUAGACAAAGUUAUUGUGUAGAUCGCGGGGCAAUGGUGUUCAUCGGGGUAUAUAGUACAUACUUAUGGCUAAUUACUAUUUGCACAUGUUUGAGGAACAAGAAUCAGAUCAAGAAUUGGAAUUUACGAAAUACGGAAUAUUGUAGUGAUUAAUACAAUGCGAUUGAAUAUUUAUUUUGAAUAUAAAUGCAUAUAAUCCAGCCUA